AUUUCCAGCAGCUGGAGGAUCUCCUCACUCCUUCCAAACCUGCCACGAGAAUGGACCGGCAACGAAUCGUUCCUUGGUGGAUUAUCUUCUGUGUGUUUUACUCUGUUUGCAGACUCACAGACAGCCGGGUGGUUUACAACCUGCAGCCAACAAACUCCUUCGGGAUUUCUGAUGCCACCAGGCCUCAGGUGACGGCGUUGAAACAGCAGCCAAGCGCGCAGGUCAGUGUGCGUCGUCGGUCUGUGGAGGUCCGGUGCCAUCCUGAUUCCAUGGAGGUGGUGGUGCAGGCUGACAUGUUUUAUAUAGGCCUCCGGGUGGACGGAGGACAUCUGCGGCUGGGCUCAGGUCCUCUGAGUGGUGGGAGUGAAUGUAGAGCUGUUCAGUCGGGAGAGGCAGAGUUCACCAUCCAGGCCCAGCUCAACGACUGUGGGACCGAACUGUCAUCGACAGAGGAGAAGAUAAUUUAUUCCAAUGUUUUGGUCUACUCACCUGAACCUUCGACUGAUGGUCUGCUCAGACUGGAUGGAGCCACUGUUCCAGUUGAAUGUCAUUAUGAAAAGAAGUACUCUGUCGACGGCGUGUCCCUGCAUCCCACCUGGGUUCCUUUUGUCUCCAUGACAGCAGCAGAAGAUCAGAUUGACUUCAGUCUGCUGCUCAUGACCGAUGAUUGGCGGUUUGAGAGGGGAUCUCAUGCAUACUUCCUGGGUGACCCCAUUCAUUUGGAAGUCUCCGCCAUUCUUGGUAACCACAUGCCCUUGCGAGUGUUUGUUGACCACUGUGUUGCCACAGCAACUCCCGAUGCAGAGGCAACAUUAAGAUAUGACUUUAUUGAGCAUCAUGGAUGUCUUGCUGAUGCUCACCUGACAAACUCCAACUCGCGUUUCCUACCAAGAGUGGAGGAACACAAGCUGAGAUUCCAGCUUGAUGCCUUCAGGUUCUACCAAGAACCCAGCAAUGAGGUCUAUAUAACCUGCUACGUGAAGGCUGUUCCAGUCAAGCUGGCUAUUAGCUCUCAAAACAGAGCCUGCUCUUUGAUUGACAACAGAUGGCGGUCAAUCGAUGGGAAUGACAAGGUUUGUAGAAGCUGUGAUCUGUCCUAUCGGAAUGAGGAGCCUCCAGCCACACAAUCUCCGAAAACUACCGGGAUUACCAGAACAUGGCCCACCACCACUUCACAAGAAGGCUUAGGUCAGAACAGGGCCGAGCAUAGUCCAGCCACGUAUAUCCGUUUCCGUCCAGGGACGUUCCAGAGCCGACACAGCAGACCUAAGCUAGUGAAGAGAGGAACAGACCACCAAACAGAGCAAAUUGUCCAACUGGGUCCCCUCAUUGUGCUGCCAUCCGGUAAACCUGUCAAAAGGACAGAAGCUUCCAAAAUGCUACUUUCACCAAAGAACAACACGUCCUGAGACCCAGGAUACUUGACUGGAGAGUGGCAAGGAUGAGGGCGAAAAAUAAAACAAAACUCUGCUGCCACAUGCAGAACAAACAUGUAAUGGACACAACAGACAACCCUGUGAAUGCAGAGAUUAAUCUCAUCUUUCAGAUACCAUCUCACUUGAAAUAAAGCUUUUCCUGCUAACUUUAUCAACCAUCUUUAAAGCAAAAAUGUUUGUUUUCCGUUCACUCAAAAACAAUUUUGUUACAGCCUAGUUCUUGCAUUUUCUGUGAGUGGCAAAUCUUUCCUCCAGUAAAUAUUUUACAAAAUUAAAC